UACUGAAACUAUAAAAAUAAAAGUUAUGUCAGAUCCUAUUGAAACAACUGCUAAUCAAAGUUACGUUGAGCCUGAUGAACCCCUUCAACCUGUCACCAAUCCUGACUUGAAGAACAAGCUUGAUUGGUUUAAUUUUGAAACUAGGAUGAGGACCAUGAUUAAGGAAAUGGUCGAUCCUUCUCUAAAUAGCCAAUACCAGAUCGAAGCUAGAAUAGAAGUUGCUGAUGGUAGAUUGGAGAAAUUACAAGAACAAACACAUGAAAUAGAGUACCAACUUAAUAAUUUUGAUAUGAUCAACAAGAAAUUAAACGAGUUAGACAUGAGAUUUAUCACAGAGCGGGAGUCAAGGGACCAAGAUAUUGAAAACCUUCAUUCAAAGAUAAUUAGCUUCGAUUCAAAACUAGCUUCAACUUAUCAGCUUAUAGAAACCCAUGCAGAUCUUAUUAAAAAGCAAGAAAAGGAUUAUGAAACACUUAGAAAGGAGCAAAACAUCAUAGCAAAUAGACAGUUAGCAGAUAAAGAAGAUUUAUUAGAAAAAUCUCGAGAAAACAACAUGCAACUUCUGGAGGAUAUGAACACAACGCGUAACAGCCUGAUAGACGAGACUCAGAAAAGAGUCGAAUUUGAGAAGUCUAUUGAACGCUCUCAACAAGCGCUUGAAAAGUUCAACACUACUCUCUCCAAUCUCGAAGUAGAUCACAAAGAAAUUAAGAAGAGUAUUCAGAAGCUGCAAGAAGAGAAAACGGGCAUUGAUAAUUUUAACUUCCUCAGCAACAGGAUCCAUAGGAAGGUUGAUGAGUUAGAGAUCAGCAAUACCCGGUGUGCCAAAGAUGUAGACCAUAUGGAGAGGUACAUCAAAAGUCUGGCCCAUUCAGUCGCUGGUUACGAAAGCCUGGAUAUUAACCCAUACUCAUUAUGCAAAUAUACAUAUGCUGUUGAAGAAAUACAACCGAAUACAGGGACAGUACGGAAUUGGCCAAGGAUUAGAGAUAGCCUGUUCCAACUUGUUGAAGAUGACCUUGAGCAGUUUGACAAAGAAGUUACUGGUAACAAACAGAUUAGGAAAAGAAAAAGAUCUCUCAUCUUAACAGAAAGACAGUUAAAAACUGAGUUUUGUGAUGAUAUUACAAAGUUUCAAGUUACUAAGAAGAAAUUCAGAUCAAAGUCGAUUAACGACUUUACUGAGGAAUUAUUCAAGCAACAAUAUUAUCAAAAGUUAAAAAAUGAAGAAGACCAGAAAAAGAAGGAAGAACUUGAGAAAUCAAAAGGUCAAGUUAAAGAAGAGGAAACAAAGCCUGCUCCAAAACCUGAAAAAGCUAAAAUGCAAAAUACAUUUUUAGGCUCUUUCCUGGAAGCCUCCAGUAUAAGUCAUUCUGAGCUUGAAAAUGAUUUAUUUUCUCACAACAAAGCUGCAGAUUCUUCUUCAAACUUAGACUCCAAUCACCUUAACAUCACCAAAAUAUCAUUCAACAAUCCAAUGGACGGUCGAAAGAACUCAUUCACAAGCCAAUUCUCUCGCCGCUCCUCCAGACUUCACAUCCCCCCUCCAAAAAUGACUCAAAAUUCUCCAAAAUCCCCCAAAUCCCCCACCUCCAACCCUAGCUCCCACCACACCCCAGACGAACAGACCAGCAACCCCAAAACCCCUGAAAAAUCAAUCACCGACCCUAUAACCUUCCCUACCCCAAAACCUCCCGUCCAAACCACCCAUCCACUCCACCAGCAGCCCACGCCUGUUCACGCGAAAAAGAACGAAGAACAGUUACAGAUUAAGGUUGAAGAAAUGGACCAGGAAAAACAGCUGAAGGAGAAGAAGGUGACUGAGGAAGUGGAGAAGGAAAGUGAAACAAGUGAGAAUGAGGAAGAAGAGAAGGAAGAGAGGAAGGAAGUGGAAGAGACUGAAGAGAGGGAAAGAAAGGAGAUUGAGGAUGAUGAAAAGCAAGGAAAGGAAGAGAUUAGUGUAGAGAAACCUGUGAAGUUAAUAGCUAAAGCGAAGAAGCAGAAAAUUAAGAAGUUCACUGUAAAAACGCAAAAGGAGACUCCUAUGAAAUUGGUAAAGGGGCAUAAGAGUGUGUCAGAUAACCUAGAGCCCACUUAUCCAUCACUUCCUCGUAAAUCAACCUUUAACCUAGCUCCCAAUGCACAAGCUCCUCCUAAAGAUCCCCCAAAAACACCAAAGUCUCCUCGUUCUUCUCUUACUAUUAAAAAAGUAAAACAGUUAAUUUCUUCUCAUUUGAAUAAACAAGAAUUGCUUUCAGAAGUAGAGUCAAUGAUAGAGAAGGGAUUAUCCGAGACAGAAGAGACUCUAUAUUCCGCCAUAGAUUCGACUUAUAAUACUCUGAACCAAUCCUUCUCAGAGACUCUAAACAGAUCUCUUGAAAAAGUUGUUGAGUCCUUUACUGCUAACCUUGGUGGAUUAAAAGCUAAUCUCAAAGAGACUAAUGAACAGCUAGAAUCUCUCAGUGCUAGCUUCAAGAAAACUAAAUCUCAAAAUUCCCAAAAAUUAGUUGAAACGAAGAAGAACUUACAGAAAGAAAUGACUAAGAACCAUGAAAAAGCUCAAGCUGCUAUUAAUUCUAUCAACGAAUCCAUGCAGAAGACCAAAGCUGGGCUUAAAUCUGAAAUAAAAUAAAAUGAAUGAGAAAAUAGAAUCCAUUCAUGAACUUGGAGAAGGACUUGAGAAACGAGCCAAGAGACAGAGAAGUGAUGUUGACCUCUUAAUGAAAAGCAUGAAUGAACAAGUCCAAGAGGUUAAUAAAACAAUCAAGAAAAUUCAAGAGUUUGAAAAUCGCCAAGCUGCUGUGGUCAUGAGACUUCUAGAAGUGACUAAACUUGGGAAUAAAUGGACUGUUCAUGAAGAAAAUACUAAAAGGAGGAUUGAUAGAGAAUUUCCUAGCAUCAAUAGAAGUCCGGAUGGAAAUUUCUCUGGAAUAGAACCUUCUCUAGAAGAGGACUUACCUCCUAUUGAAUACAACAACAUCACACUUACCAAAAACCAAGUAUUCAAAAUCUGCGAAAACCUCGUCUCAGAUUGCUCCAAAUACCUCUCAAAAGACGCUAACUCUAGCUCUCUCCUAUUCCUCGAAGACCCCGAUCAACCCAUCAACCUCCAAUCCGACCUCUCCACUCUCCUCACUUCCCAAACCCAACAAGAAGCUUUCACCGCUGCUAUGACCAAAAUCCCCCUCUGCUCCACUCCAAACCAUCUCUCCUUCAGACUGCGAAAAUCCUCCCUCAAAAGACCUACCCUCGACUCCUUCCGUUACGACAAGAACAAAAGUGUCGAUCUCCAGUACUCCGACCCAGUCGGAGCCUCCAAUAUAAAAACCGUACCGUACGAAAACCUUAAGCUGGAGACAUCCCCCUCAAUUCCACACUUAAGGCAGAAGAACAAGAGGGAUAUUUAUAAGACCAGGAAGAGCGGUAGUAAGAGCGUGCUUAAGGGCAGCAAGAAGAAUGGAGACCUUAUGCUUGGAGGAAGAUUACCUAAGGUUUAGUAAUG